UUGUCUUUGCAUAAUGAUACCGGUGCGGACUGGCCUCCUGAAGGCGCUUCGUCUAGGAAGCGUCUGCAGCCUGCGCCACUUGGGCCAGAGGAACCUGCUGGAGCUGACAGACCGUGGCUUUUUUCAGGGAAUAUUUCCAGAUACUGCGGCACCAAGGAUGAAGCAGCUCUUCACGAGCGGGGUGCAGAGCAUCUAUGCCGGCUUCGAUCCCACCGCUGACAGCCUACACGUGGGCAAUCUCCUGGUGAUCAUGGGCCUGAUCCACUGCCAAAGAGCUGGUCACCAACCGAUUGCCUUGGUUGGUGGCGCCACUGGUCUCAUAGGGGACCCCAGCGGCCGGAAGACGGAACGCAACCAGCUCGGCGAGUCGGUCAUUGAGACCAAUCUGAAGGCCAUCGAGCAACAGCUGAGGCAAGUGUUUGAGAACCACGAACAGUUCCUCUGGGACACGAGAAAGAACCCGUCUCCGCUGCCGCCAUUGACCAUCGUCAACAAUGCUGACUGGUACAAGAACCUGCAGAUCAUCGACUUCGUGGCCAACAUGGGCCGACACUUCCGCAUGGGCUCCAUGCUUUCACGGUCAUCGGUGCAGUCGCGCCUUGACUCGGAGGACGGGAUGAGCUUUACAGAAUUCACCUACCAGAUCUUCCAGGCCUAUGACUGGUUGCACCUGCUCCGGCGCCACAACUGCUGCUUUCAAAUGGGCGGCUCGGAUCAGACCGGUAACCUGAUGACGGGCCACGAGCUGAUCAGCCGCGUAGAGCGAAAGCGAGAGGUCUUCGGUCUGACCCUGCCCCUGGUGACCAACGAAGAGGGCGACAAGUUCGGCAAGUCGGCGGGCAAUGCCGUUUGGCUGGACGCAAACAAAACCUCGCCUUUUGCUCUCUACCAGUUCUUCCUGCGCAUGGCAGACUCCAAAGUGGAGAAGCUACUCAGGCUCUUUACGUUUAUUCCGCUACCAGAAAUUGAGCAGCUGAUGCGGGAACACACGAAGGAGCCAGAGAAGCGCAAGGCGCAGACCCUUCUUGCUGAGGACGUCACCCUUUUGGUGCAUGGCGAAAGCGGAUUGAGACAGGCCGAGCGCGUCACCAAUGCCCUGUACAAGGGCAAUGUCGAGGGACUGGCCGAGCUGAACUACGCCGAAAUAAAACAGACCUUUCAAGGGGCUACUGUGGUUGACCUGCUGACUGAGCCGGGAAUGUCGGUCCUUCAGCUGGCCAUGAACGCCAAGUGCUUUCCCACCGAAACCGAUGCCGUACGGAUCAUCAAUGCAGGCGGCUUCUACGUGAACCAGAAGCGGGUGCAGAACAUAGCCGAAGUCAUCACUGCCGGAAUACACAUUCUUCGCAACGGAGUGUCGCUGCUGCGAGUGGGAAAGCGAAACUUCUACAUUGUACGCUGGAAAUAGUUGUUGGAUAGUUGUACUUUAAUUUGUUUUUAAUAAUAAGUAAGUUCCUCUACA